UCUCUUUCCUCUUACACAUGAUCUGAAGAGAAAAGCUUUAUUCAGUGUUUGGAGCUACAUGGCUUGUAGGCUUAGUAUGGGCAACAUAGUGGCUUCAGUGAAGCCUUCAGACAGCUCUCCCCUUCCACCCACACAGACCUAUUUGAGGUCCUUAGUCAGUCGGCAAGCAUGUUUGGAACCAGCCCCGGUGCUUUGCAAGGGCUCAUGUUGCAGGGCAGUCACGUAUGGGCACUUGUAGUUAUAAAUACUUGACCACUCUCCAGGGUGCGUUUUUCAACCCUUUAAAGCAGCUUCGUUGCCGGCUACCAAGCCGACUUUUGGCUCCGAGUGUAGGAGCCGAUCGCUGUAGGACAUCUUCUGCUGAGAAAAAAAAGUAAAAUGGAACACAAUGGAUCUGCUUCAAAUGCUGGUAAAAUCCACCAGAACCGAUUGUCAAGUGUGACUGAAGAUGAAGACCAAGACGCAGCUCUCACAAUUGUGACCGUGCUGGACAGGGUGGCCACCGUCGUGGACAGCGUGCAGGCAAGCCAGAAGAGAAUCGAGGAGAGACACAGAGAGAUGGGAAACGCCAUCAAGUCUGUCCAGAUAGACCUGCUGAAGCUCUCACAAUCACACAGCAACACGGGCUACGUUGUGAACAAGCUGUUUGAGAAGACCCGGAAAGUCAGCGCUCACAUUAAAGAUGUGAAGGCCCGGGUAGAGAAGCAACAGGUUCGAGUAACCAAAGUCGAAACCAAGCAAGAAGAAAUAAUGAAGAAGAACAAGUUCCGCGUGGUAAUCUUCCAGGAGGAUGUUCCCUGCCCUGCAUCCCUGUCUGUUGUUAAAGACAGAAGCCUGCCGGAGAAUGAGGAGGAAGCUGAGGAAGUCUUCGAUCCCCCGAUCGAUCUCUCGUCGGAUGAAGAAUACUAUGUUGAAGAAAGCAGAUCUGCCAGGCUGAGAAAGUCAGGCAAAGAGCACAUCGAUCAUAUUAAGAAGGCAUUUUCCAAAGAAAACAUGCAGAAGACGCGGCAGAAUUUUGAUAAGAAAGUGAGUGGAAUUAGAACCAGGAUAGUCACACCCGAGAGAAGAGAGAGGCUGAGGCAGUCGGGGGAGAGGCUGAGGCUGUCAGGGGAAAGAUUUAAGAAAUCGAUCUCAAAUGCCGCCCCCUCCAAGGAAGCUUUUAAGAUCCGGAGCCUUAGAAAACUGAAGGACCCCAAGGCGGAAGGCCAGGAGGUAGACAGGGGCAUGGGGGUGGACAUCAUCUCAGGUAGCCUGGCUCUGGGGCCCAUCCAUGAGUUCCACUCUGAUGAGUUCAGUGAAACAGAAAAGGAGGUGACCAAAGUAGGGUACAUUCCCCAAGAGGGAGGGGACCCCCCAACGCCUGAGCCUUUGAAGGUGACCUUUAAGCCUCAGGUGAGAGUAGAGGAUGACGAGUCACUGCUGUUGGAAUUAAAGCAGUCCUCAUAGAGGACUUGAGUGUGAGUAUCAGUCACUUCGAGUCAUGUGGUCGUAGUUUGAAGGGUAUAGUAAUUUAUAUUCAUGCACAGUGGGAAGGCAAAUGGUAUAAAAGCGUCAUUUCUUACCUUUAAAAUCCUAGAGAUGAUGGAAAUAUUAUAUACAAUUUUCUUAUAAUUUCCUUGGGAAUUCUAUUUCCCCUGAGAAUAUAUGACUCUGACAGCUUCCCCCUCAUCCCCCCUUAUGUCAGGUCUUGGCCAAUGAGAAAAUAGUCGGACAGCUCAGGUCACUUAGAUGCUUGGUCAUUUGUAACACGGGAACGACACAUCUGUGCCCAUUGGUCACCAACAAACUGUACAUUAGGGUCAGGAUUAACACUUCCAGUUUCAAAGGUUAGUAGCUAAUGUGUACAUUGUGUUAUCCGGAUGUUCACGUCUGGAGAUUCAUUAGUGAAUCAGUAGCCUUAUGAAGCUUCUGAAGUCCUUGUGUGAGGGAAAGGAAAUAGAAGUUUGGGGCCUGAACAUUUAGCUGUGGCAACGUAACUUUAUUGCUAGUGAGACACUUGGCUGGCUGCCCCUCGUUCUCAAUAGGAAAAGUGGUGAGGCUUCGCUGGUCCGGUACUUCUCGGAGGACUUGAGAUCUGAGGGGAUGUCACAGAGUGUGGGAGAACAAGACACACAACCAGCGGAGAAGCGUGAACCACGCUGGCCUUCCCUAAACCAGAACUGAACAGUUACAUCUAUGAAGAAGCCCUUGGCACAGGCUCUGAGGCCACCAGAGUUGAGCAGAAACUGAGUUUGUUCUUCACAAGUCUUCACUGCACGCAGAGUGAAAAAUGAACGCUUGGAUGGGUGCUUUCUCAUUGAAGGCUGAGACCAAACCUUGGGUUUUUAGCCGUGUCCUAACAUGUUCCUUGGAAGACCAGCUCCAUUUGCCCGUAGAUUUGGAUGUGGGGUAGACAAGUGCAGGUCUUGUUUGCCCAGCACGAGGUAGAAGUCUGGAACGCGGUUGUCAACUGGCUUUUCCACGGUCCGCCCUGGUGUGCCGCUGGGCACACAAACAACCCUCGACACUUCUGUUUUCCAGAGCGGACUGAGAACAGUGCCCAUAAGCUUUUGUCAGGGCCACGCGGAGGGCGUC